CACAAUGAAGAAGUGGACAAGAAUAGGCACGUCUUGUCUAAAAUAAUUGAUUGUGUGAAAUUUUGUGGGGGCUUUGACCUGGCUUUGCGUGGCCACGACGAGGCUGACACAUCCGACAACCCCGGCGUUUUUCUGGGUUUAGUUAAUCUACUGGCCUCGUUAGAUAGCGUGUUGGAGGAUCACCUUAAAACGGCUACGGUUUUCAAAGGCACCUCAAAGACGGUGCAAAAUGAACUUUUGGACUGCAUGUUAUCAGUUUGUAAAGACUACAUUCUGGAGGAAGUAAAAAAUGCCAGUUAUUUAGCUAUUCAGGCGGAUGAGACAACUGACAUUUCCACCCACUGCCAGUUAGUGCUUGUGCUACGCUACAUCGACCCGCAUAACAACGUCCAGGAGCGUUUUUUUUGAGUUCAUUCCUCUUCAGAAUGCGAAUGCUGACACAGUUGCCACCGCGCUGAUGGAGAGGCUGGGCACUAUCCUCCCCGAUGGACAACAGGGCAAACUAAUCGCCCAAGCCUAUGACGGUGCAGCGGUGAUGAGGGGAGCUAAAGGUGGAGUUCAGCGGAAAGUGAAGGAUGUGUACAGUAGUGCGCACUACAUCCACUGCUAUGCGCAUCAGCUGAACCUAAUUAUGCAGCAGGCAACAUCCCACAUCCCCAAGAUAAGAACAUUUUUUUCAGACCUUGGUGGAUUUGCUGCAUUUUUCUCCAGGUCAUUCAAGCGAACUGCGAUCCUGGAUCAAGUGGUGGCACACAGACUUCCUGGCACUUCCACAACAAGAUGGAACUUUCACAGUCGUGCUGUUAACACUGUAUAUGAGCACAAGGAGAACAUCCUGAGGUGUUUCCAGACGAUCAGAGACUCAGGUGACUUUGAUCCCAUAACAGUGAGAGAAGCCGGGGGCUUUGUGCGAAUGAUGGAAGAUGAAGUUUUUUGCUUUUUCCUGACAUUGUUCCACAAGAUCAUGCCACAUGUAGACAUGCUGUUUAGCCAACUGCAGAAGAGGAACAUCGACUCUGUCUACAUCACAGGACUCAUCAAGAGGUUCACCAGCAGCAUACAAACAAUCAGGGACUCCAUUCCUUCUGGUGAAAGCAGUGGAUCUCAGCAGCUGCCCACAAAGAAACGGAGGGGACUUGGACAUGAAGAGCAACAGCUGUUGGCUAGAGAGGUAUGUGAUACCAUACUGAGUCACGCAAAGGAGAGAUUUUCCUUCACCAAACACCUCAUCAGCUCCACCCUCCUGCAAGGAGACCUGUUCCAGCAGCACAGCCGAACAUUCCCUGAAGCAGCGCUGGAAACAACUGUGGAGGCCUACCCUCUACUGGACAAGGCAAAGCUCAAGACGGAACUGUCCCUCGUCUAUGACAAUGACCAGUUCAGGGCUUGCAGUGGUGCUGUUACUCUGCUCCAGUUCUUCCUUGACAAUAAUCUGCAGGAGACAUUUACAGAAACUGUCAGUCUUCUGAAGGUUCUUGUAACCACACCCAUGGCUACGGCUGAGGCAGAGAGGUGCUUUUCCACUCUGAAAAGGAUAAAGACUUUCUUGAGGAACAGCAUGACACAGGAUCGCCUGAAUGCUCUGGCUAUGCUGUCAAUUGAGAAAAAACUCAUUAGGAGCAUUCCUGACUUCAACACCAGAGUCAUUGAGAGGUUUGCCACUCAGAAGGAGAGAAGGGCAAAAUUCCUCUACAAAUAG